AUGUUUAGAAGAGUCUUUUCGACAACGCCAAUUAGAGUCGCCGAUCCGCUGCUGGACUCGGUGCAGCAGGCCGUCAAGGCCAAGUACUCGCAGACCAAGUCGUCGUUCGGCAUGCGACUCGUCAAGGUCUUCCUCCCCACAUUGCUCGGCGUGACAGCGUACGUGGGCUACAACUCCUACAAUUCCAGGCCGGCGUUCAUUCCGCUGCUCUACGCCCGGUCGCUGCCUCUGGGCCGCUCCAAAGAGGCCAAAGGCAUUGAUAUCGACAAACUAAAGGCAAACACCAAGGAGAUUCUCCUCUCUAAACUAUCCAUGAACCACACAAUAAAAAACACAUUAGGGCUUCCCCUGCAAUUGGGCGAGUUUCUGAGCUUCAACGUCAAAAUCGAGUACAAGAACGUGUUUUUCGAAGGCCUCGAAAUCGACUGCACAAAAAGAUGGUUCCCUCCGGAGUUCAGAUGGAGCCAUCGCGAGUUUGCGCCGAAGCUGAAGGACGACCUGAACGGCCUGCUAGAGCCCAUGACCUCGGACGGGUCGUUCACGCUGGACUCUGUGGAAAACCGCUACGGCAACAAGAGAGACUACAACCUCAUAGUGGGCGGAUCUAUAGAGGCGUCCUCAACGUUCGAUCUGGUGUCGGACGAGGUCGAUCCCGGAACCGCGAAAAUCACAUUCACGGGGACGAUCCAGUACGACCACAUCAAGUCUCUGAAGACUGACUCCAUCGUCCUCUCCUACAGAUCAAACGGCCAGACAGUGGUGCACCAGCUGCUCUGA